AUGAAUAUACUUAUCAAUGUUAUCAAAAAGAAAGAAGUAUUUAACAUCGCGUGUAUUGACAAAACUGAACUCGUAUUGACAUAUUCAACAUCUAAAAAAAGUCUAAACACUCAGAUUUGGAAUGUUGAAAUUUUGAAACCCAAAGACGUCGGCAAUAGAUAUGAAAAGAAUUAUACAUGGAAGAAUGUGUAUAAACCUGGACUUAAGCCGAACAAUGACGCCGAACGUUAUCCAGUGAACAAUGUAAAGCCGUAUACGGCCCAGGAUAGACUUAUGAAAUAUCGUAAAAUUGACGAACAAGAGUCAAAUAAAUUCAAACAACUCGAAAAUAGACAACAAUAUAACACCAAUAAUACACGUGAUUCAGCUCAAAACACUUCUGUAUUAGCUAAUAAUUCCUUUAACACAAACAUAUCACAGUCAAAAAACAAUCAUUCAACUCAACCGUUAAAAAUAUUGCCGGGAAAUAUUUACACGUCAACUCAAGAAAACAACACUUUAAAAAAUAAUCCGAACAACUUUAAUAGAAAACCGCUUAAGAAAUUAACAGAAAUUAUUGAAACAUCAGAAGACCUGGAAAAAACUAAAAAAAAUAGAACUUUACGAUGUGAAAAUAACGCUACUAGAACUCGUCCACAUGAUAUUAAAAAAAAUUUAUGGGAUAAAAGGUACUUAUUGUUCUCUAAAUUCGACCAAGGAAUCAUGAUGGACCAUGAAUCAUUUUACUCCGUUUGUCCCGAGAUCUUAAGCAAACAUAUAGCGUUGAGAUGCCCUGGUCUAGACGUCGCUAUGGAUCCGUUUUGUGGUGCUGGUGGAAACGUCAUCCAAUUGGCCAAGAGAUACAAACAUGUAAUCGCAGUGGAUAUCGAUGCUAAUAAAUUAGAAUUCGCCAAAAGAAACGCCGAGAUUUAUGGUGUCAGGGAGAAAAUUACAUUUAUACAGGGAGACUUCUUCGAAAUUGGAGAAACUUUGAAAAAAUAUAAGCCACAAGUCAUAGUGACGUCUCCCCCAUGAGGCGGCCCAUCGUAUAAGAAACACGAAGUUUACAGUCUCGAGAAGCAUAUGUGUAA